AUGCACCACCCCAACACAGCGGCGCCAGUGUCUGACCACGACGUGGGCAGUCCGCCCGUGUGGGAGGUCCCAGCGAUGCACCACCCCAACACAGCGGCGCCAGUGUCUGACCACGACGUGGGCAGUCCGCCCGUGUGGGAGGUCCCAGCGAUGCACCACCCCAACACAGCGGCGCCAGUGUCUGACCACGACGUGGGCAGUCCGCCCGUGUGGGAGGUCCCAGCGAUGCACCACCCCAACACAGCGGCGCCAGUGUCUGACCACGACGUGGGCAGUCCGCCCGUGUGGGAGGUCCCAGCGAUGCACCACCCCAACACAGCGGCGCCAGUGUCUGACCACGACGUGGGCAGUCCGCCCGUGUGGGAGGUCCCAGCGAUGCACCACCCCAACACAGCGGCGCCAGUGUCUGACCACGACGUGGGCAGUCCGCCCGUGUGGAAGGUCCCAGCGAUGCACCACCCCAACACAGCGGCGCCAGUGUCUGACCACGACGUGGGCAGUCCGCCCGUGUGGGAGGUCCCAGCGAUGCACCACCCCAACACAGCGGCGCCAGUGUCUGACCACGACGUGGGCAGUCCGCCCGUGUGGGAGGUCCCAGCGAUGCACCACCCCAACACAGCGGCGCCAGUGUCUGACCACGACGUGGGCAGUCCGCCCGUGUGGAAGGUCCCAGCGAUGCACCACCCCAACACAGCGGCGCCAGUGUCUGACCACGACGUGGGCAGUCCGCCCGUGUGGGAGGUCCCAGCGAUGCACCACCCCAACACAGCGACGCCAGUGUCUGACCACGACGUGGGCAGUCCGCCCGUGUGGGAGGUCCCAGCGAUGCACCACCCCAACACAGCGGCGCCAGUGUCUGACCACGACGUGGGCAGUCCACCCGUGUGGGAGGUCCCAGCGAUGCAUCACCCCAACACAGCAGCGCCAGUGUCUGACCACGACGUGGGCAGCCAGACAGUGCACCAAAGUGCGCCGAGGCGAGCGCUUUACUGCGUUCCUGUGGACCAGAACCAGGUUCUCUGGUGUGACUCGCUUGUCAGCUGA